AUUUUCAUUUUUUUGCGAUUUUAAUUAAAUUACAAAAUUAGGUAUAAUUGAUUAUUAUUAUUUUAUUACAUUUUAUCUAUAUUAUACUAAUCAUUUCUAAACAGAUCAGUUUCAGAGUUCAACGAUCCGUAGCAUAGCAUCCUUAUUACACAGCAUCAAGAAUCGAAGGAUUUCAGCAGCAGAAAAGACCAGCGGGUGGAUUGAACGUGCUGCACCGCUGCACCAUGGAUGUGAACGGUUUUGAAAUUUCACUCCUAGGUAUCUACAUUGCAAUAUUGCAUUAAAUCCGUUGAUUGAUACAAUGAUCCUGGAACAUAUUUUGAGAAAUUUUUCGUUCGUUUGUCUCGUUGAUUCGUACUUCGUAGAUUUUGAAGAAAAAUGAACAUUCAACAUUGAUUUUUGCAGAUGAGACUCGUGUUUAUUUUUGAAAAGAACCAUCUCCAAUAGUAAAACGUGUCAAGAAAUUGGUUUUAAAUCAGAAAAUGGAAACUAAAGACUGAACCCUAUUCACUGUGCAAAGGUACUGGGAGAUACAUCAAGGAAGCUGCAGUAUGCAAUUGAAAUGUGAAAGAAGAAUCAACGAUUUCAAAAGGUUUCUGCUCCAUUAUUAUUUCAUUUUUUUCUGCUCGACACUAGAUUAGUUCUGACGUUUCAAAAUAUGUUUGAAUUUUCGUACCAUUUAAAAAUUUACAAAUCGAUCCAAAUCUGUGCUUAUUGCUACAGAAUUUACAAUUGCUUGCGAAUAUUCUCCAACUAAGUUCAUCGUAAUGAUGAAAAUAUCCCGGAGAAGAUCGAGUGAAACUGAAAACCGACAAUUAUGACUUUUGGAGAUGAUAUUUUUGACAUUGAUGUCCUCCUACGUGCACCCUCCACUCCUCAUGUUCAAGCAUCAAUUUUGCAUUUGAGAUCAGGCGGCAAAUUCUCUUUCAAAUGAUGCCCACGAAUGUGUAAAAAUCUGCCGAAAAAAGCUAUCACUUUAAUCUAAAUCUACCAUUGAUCACCGAACCGGAAACGUACAGCCUUUUUUAAGACCGUAUCUACGCUAGUAAUAAGAUUCGGCUUGAUUGAUAAAUUGUAUGUACAUUUUUUUUCGAUGUUGUGCGUGCAAUGGGUUCGCGUUUUGCGCGGGCAACUCUCGGAACAGGUUAUCACCGGCUGGCAACGAACGAAUUCCAGUUUACUGCGAGUUAUUCUUCUCGGCAACUCGGCUCGGAUCGAUCUGUAUAUCGUAUUACGUACAAAUAGGGAUACACUUUCCGCGAUACCGGUUGUUCGUUUUUAUAAUAUAGGACAAGAUUUCGAAAAAGAAAAUAGACGUGUAUUUUCUUAAUCGUAGCAAAUGUUUUCGUGUUGAAAUUUCGCGACGGAAUCAUCCGUUAAUGUGUUUUUUUACGUGAAGUGUACAUAUUUCGGUAGUUUUAUUUGUAAUGUAUUUUUGUAAAAUGAGAAUCGAAAUUACAUUGAUAUCGAUGGUUUUAGUGUUUCGCGGAUGUUAUUGUGCGGUAAAUAACAAUAAUACCGUAAUUGUUAGAGCUAGUAGCUCGAAUACGAAUACGACCAGUGCGAAUAGUACGACGAGUAAUAGUGAAGAAAAUCCUUUGCGAAAUGUUAUCAAGUGUUUCAAAGCCGAUUCGCUGUUCAAAUGUUUUAGGGAACGGAUCGGGCUUUUGGUUAACGUUUGGCAAGAAGCGUUAAUAAAUAGUGUUAGACGUAAUAACGGCGACGAGCCUUUGGUGGUUAAUCAUAGUUUCGAAGGUGUCAUCAGAGAGCUUGGAAAUGCGGUUUAUUACGGUUUUACCAGCUUUUUCUACAAUAAUGCCAGUGAUUUGGAGGAAGCCAGGUUAUUAGCGGAAGAAACAAAUAGUUCGGAUCAAACUAAAGAAUUAGACGAACAGAGAGGUCAUCACAAGAAAAAGAAAGUACACAAAGAGAUAAAAAAAAUCGUCAUAAAAAUAAUUAUCGCCAUAGCCUUGUUUAUGUUGAAAAUAAAAGCGAUCCUAGGAAUGAUACAGAGCAUCAUCAUCACUAAAUUCAUCCUCUUCGCUACCAUCUACGUGUUCACAUUAGCAUUCAGGAUUUGGUGGGAGAUUAAACAGCACAAGCUGCACGAUAAAUCGGUCAUUUAUUACGAUAACGAACACCACGGUCAUUAUUACGAUGCACCCGAACACGAGUACGAUGAUCAUCUUCACCAUGAUCAUACCAGCUUUGGUCAUCACGAUCAUGGUCUUCUAUCCGGUGUCACCAGUGGUUGGGGUCUUUGGGGACGAAGCUAUGCACCAACCACAGGCGCCACUCCUAUCAUCCCUCCGGCCUAUGCUAAUGCUAAACCUUUGCCAUAUUAUAUAAGACCUAAAUUACAUCACGGUGCUCCUAAUAAUGACGAAGAAGAGUUCAGUUAAAUUACUGACUCGAAUCUCUUCGACCCGCGUUUCCAAUAAUCAAAAAUUUUUUUUACCUUUUUUUAAUUCAUUAUUUUUUUUUUUUUUUAGUAGGUAUUCGAUAAAUGAAAAUUUUGUUCUUAAAAAUUGAUUACGAAAUGAGAAUUUAUAAAAAUUCUAUCGUAAAUUCAUGAAAAUGGCGUAGCGAUUUAUUUUACGUGCCAUUUACCAAAUUUCAAUCUUAUUUUUCCAUUCUCAGAGAAAGGGGAGAGCAGGGUUUAAAAGAACGAAUAUUUUCAUUUAUUGAAUUUUUUAUUCAUUGAUCCUGAAGUGAUCUUUCGUCGUCGAUCAAACGAUUUAAGUUUUCGAACAGUAUUAUUUUAAGCUAGUUAUUUUUUUUACGUUUUUAUUUCAAUUAAACUGUAACUUUCGUUGUUAACUAGUAACGUAACUUUCUUGAUAACUUUCUUUAUAAAAUACCUAUUAAUUUAUUGGACCAGUUUUCUGAAUUAGUAAGUACUAUGUACUUUUAUGUUUUAUAAGUUCAAAUUCGAACAUGCCAAGUGAUGAAGAUGACCUGGUUUAUUAUUUUUCGCAUGUGCAAUAAGUAUUAUUUUUUCGGUAUUGUCCUCGCAAGUCAGGUUUUGUAUUUUUUAUAUAUUUUUUUUCUAGUAGUUUGUUGAUUUGUUGUUUGUUUGUAUUUCGUGGUAUUUUUGCAUGAACGUAGUUAGACUUUUGUAGUUGCUUUGAAUUUUGAUUGAUAUUUUACUGUAUUUAUUUAUCAUUAUAUCGAGUGUGAUUUUAUUUACGUGUAUAUAAUUGAAUAAAAUUCUUUUUUUUUGUUU